AUGCCACGCACGCCUACGGUCGAGAAGAGGGAGAGAUUAACCCUCUCUCAACUCGCGACUUAUGAUGAUAUCUUGACGGACACCCUCGUGGACCAUGCUUAUUUUUGGACAACUAUCCGUAAGAAUAGAACUAAAUAUUUCCCUGUCAGAGGCAUCAAUGAGGAGAAUGUUACAUCUAUCCUUCUCCACGAUGUAAUCGUUGCAAAGGACGCGUCAAAAGCGGAGAAGGAAUUUCUAGCGCUUCCAGGUCUCAAGAAAUUUACCGAUAGACUCCGUUCUGCGCGAGAAAAGGAAUGGUUUCGUCGGCAUUUGCGCAAAUACAUCUCAAUAUAUCUCCCGGAUUGCCCGUUCGAGGUUACGACGACGAAUCGGUAUACGAUUUUGACGCAUGAGGCGGCAGUGGCUGCCAGGAAGUUCAUAUCUGCCGGACACCCGGUAAAAUAUUUGAGCGGGACGCUUGUUUCGAUCACGAAGGAAGAGGAGACUGAUCUCGACCUUACAAAACGCGAUUUCAGCAUCGUUAUGUCGACUAGGAAGAAGACUGCAUCGCUGUUUUUGGGCCCUGCGAGAUUUGCAAAUCAUGAUUGUAAUGCCAAUGCGAAGCUGGUCACGAGGGGUUUCGAAAGUAUGGAAGUAGUUGCCACCCGGGAUAUCGAGGUUGGAGAUGAGAUAACGGUCUCAUACGGCGAUAGCUACUUCGGCGAGGAUAACUGUGAAUGUCUAUGCCAUAGUUGUGAGAUAGCUCAGCGUAACGGCUGGUCAUCGCCAACUCCUUCGCGUGUGAAUAACUGGGUGAACAGCUCCUCUGCUUUUUCUGAUGGAUCUGAGAACUCGCCUAGCCCCUUAAAUGGAAGCGAGAAGCACGACUUGGAACAUGACUCGGACACUUCAGAUGGCUUUCUUGGGAAGAGAAGGAAAGUAGAACAUGAUACCAUGGAGGCAGAUCCAGAGGUAAAAUCCGGAUCUCCUUCAUCAGUAUUAGACGGAUGUUCUUCUGCCGAUAACGUGGAAUUACCUAAUGAUUCCAAUCUUCCUGGAAGCGAUAAUCAUCAGAAUGGGUGCGAUACAACUGAUACCCCGGUUGAUGAUGAAGAGCCAGCAGCAAUUGGUCGAGAUUCUAGAGAUACUUCCAUUGAAAACAGCAGUGGACAGUCAUCGGGAUCAACUGCUGCAACAUCUUGUCUUGAGUCUGAUAUUCAAACAACACCUGCUCCAGGGACAACGGGGCUCAUUACGAAGGGCCCGGAUAUGAGCGAGAAAGCAACUGAAUUACAAAAAAGCAAGCUCCCGUUUCCUCAGAUCAUUGUUGGAGAUACAGAAGAAACGGAUUCAUCAGAUUUGUCCACGAUAUCCGAACCGAUUGAUUCAGAAGCUACAAAGGAGGCUCUUCCUAGACCUAAACGACGGUAUAGAAAACGUGGCCUUCCAUUACCGGUCGUUGAAGAACCGCCUAUCUUUAAAGUUCGCGUCCCAGGUGAUUACACGAAGACAACGGUUUUACUAGUCCAGCGUUGCGACCGAUGGGUUGAAUGCCAAACGUGCAGUGACUGGUUUGUGCAAGGGGAAGCAUAUUUUACAAGAAAAGAAUGUCCACGCUGUGAAAGGCAUUCUAAAUUAUAUGGAUAUCGAUGGCCCAAAACCGAUAAAGAGGGUCGACGUGAUACGGAAGAACGGGUGAUGGAUCAUCGUACUAUUCAUCGGUUCCUGACGAAUGAUGAUGAGUCACGACUUGAUCGUCGUGGUCGGGGUCUUGGUGUCAGCACCGUGAGCACAACGCCAGAUGUUUCUGAGACAAGGACGGAAACUGACGCAAGUGAGAUUGGAGAUGGAAGGCGUGUUACGCGGUCAAGCCGAAGAGCAUCUCGGCGGUUGGAGGAGAGCUGUGCUUAA